UCAGGUGUUGAGAACAUACGCCGUUCGGAAACAAGCAGAGAGAAAACCAACAAAAACAUUGUCGUGUAAACCCCAAUUUAUCAUAGAGUGUUGCUCGUAUGGAAAAUGCUGAAUCGAACAGAGCCAAAGAUCACGAAUGUGUGCUUUGACGGACAACAAACGUGCACAGUGUUCUUGACCCAGACGGUGUGCCCCCGUGUGCUUCCAUUUGUCACGAUCAAUUUACCCGUUAUAGUUACGCUAUCAUUUAAAGAGGUUGAGGAUAAUCCGCAGUUGAUCAAAAUUAUACGGCAUGAAGAGCACUGGACAGCACAAGGAUUAAUCGACGCCUUUCCUAUCGCGUCACUUUGGUAUGAUCAGCUUGUUCGUGUAACAACUGGGCGGUUACUGGCCUCCGCCGGCGGAUUAAUCAACUCGGCUUCCGAAACGGCGCAGCGCAUAUCAUCCAGGGGAAGGGAAAUCGAAGGAGGAAGUGAAGAGUUAAAACAAUUGUCAAGGUCUCCAACCCAGAGUUGCACGGGUGAGAAAGGGUUACGAGUAGCUCUUUGAUCACAUUCUUCCUUUUUCUGAGAGCAAAUAAACGGAUAAUAUAAACAAUGCACAGGUUUUUAAGCUAGUAUCGACCGAUUCCUACCGUUAGAAAAACCGUCGGAGGCUCCUGUAGGUUCAGAAAGAGACGGCAUCAUACGCAUAUGAAUAUGCAAAGCAGG